AUGGCUGCUUCCAUUUCUCCUCCUCUUCUUCCCUUCUUCCUCUUCUUCUUCUCUUGUGUACAUUCAGCUACUUUCACCAUUUUAAACCAAUGUGGUUACCCAAUUUGGCCCGGAGUCUUGUCGGGCGCUGGCACGUCACAACUUUCAACCACCGGUUUCGUCCUGCAGCCAGGACAGUCCAACGCCCUCACCAUGCCUCCGUCGUGGUCUGGCCGGAUUUGGGGUCGCACUUAUUGCUCCCAAGACAAUGCUGGUAGAUUCUCCUGUGCCACUGCUGACUGCGGCUCAGGCACCGUCGAAUGCAACGGUAGUGGCGCUGCCCCGCCCGCUACCCUCGCUGAGUUCACGCUCAAUGGUGCUGGUGGACUUGAUUUCUAUGAUGUUAGCCUCGUCGAUGGCUAUAACGUACCCAUGUUAAUCACUCCACAAGCUAGCUCAAGCGGAGGUAAUUGCACGACGAUCGGGUGUGCAGCAAAUUUAAACACGGAGUGUCCAAUGGAGCUAAGAGUGGCAGUGGAUGGGCAGAGCGUGGCGUGCAAGAGCGCAUGUGGGGCAUUUGGUGAGCCGCAAUAUUGCUGCAAUGGCGAAUAUGGGAGCCCAAGCACUUGUCGACCCACGUCUUACUCAGAGUACUUCAAGUCGGCAUGUCCGCAAGCUUAUAGUUAUGCCUAUGAUGAUGGAACCAGCACCUUCACUUGCGCCGCCGCCAAUUACCUCAUCACGUUCUGUCCUUCUCUUUCAACUAGUGUGAAAUCAUCAAACGGGCAGUACCCGCGGGCAGUGGAUGUCUCAACAGCCGAGUAUUCGGGCAGGCCGUUAGCGUCAGUGGCCGUUAUAUUCACCGUGACGGCAGCUCUAAGUCGGCGAUUUUUGUGUCUCCUUUAAGCCUUCACCAUGGGCCAUUUGGCCCAUCUUCAAAAAUGGGCCGCUCGGCCCAUUAUUGGGCCCAUUCAACGGAAUUUUCUAUAGAUUCAUGCACAUAUUUUGAUUUUAAUUUUGUUGUAUAGUAUUAGA